GCUUGCCUCACCCUGCGGGGGGGUGGUGGAAUUGCUGGUCCACAUCUUGGCUGUUUGCACAGAGCUCUGCAGCAGCGGCAGCGGCAGCCCCAGCUUUGGGCACUGGGACGCUAUUUAUUUGCCUGCUCCCGGCAGUCCCGGAGAGUUGCCUGUGUGAGCGAGAGAGCAAGAGGGAAGGGAGAGGACAGAGUGAGCCAGAAAGGCAGAGGCAGAAGGCUGCCUGGCUGUGCUGAGGGCAACCAGAGGGAGCAUUUCUCUUCUUGAUCCCGUCUCUGACAGCUGUGCCGAGUUGUCCAUCGCCACCAGCCAGAGAUGUAGAGAAGUCCUAGCAUCUGGCUAUGACAGACACAGUACUUAGCAACAGUUCUGAUCGCUGGAUGUGCCCCAAUGAUAGAUCCAUGGCCCUCCGCACAAGUGAAAAGGAGCAGCUCCCAACGGGAUGGUCUGUCCGCCCUGACCAACCUGAGAGACCACGAAAAAAUGAAGAGCUCACAGAUGAGGAGAAAGAGAUCAUCAACAGAGUGAUUGCUCGAGCUGAGAAAAUGGAAGAAAUGGAGCAGGAGCGCAUUGGGCGCCUGGUGGAUCGCUUGGAGAACAUGCGUAAGAACGUGGCUGGAGAUGGGGUAAACCGCUGCAUCCUGUGUGGGGAACAGCUGGGAAUUCUGGGCUCCUCCUGUGUAGUGUGUGAGGACUGCAAGAAGAAUGUCUGCACUAAGUGUGGAGUGGAGACCUCCAACAAUCGCCCACAUUCCAUCUGGCUUUGCAAGAUUUGCAGUGAGCAGAGAGAGGUUUGGAAGCGCUCCGGGGCAUGGUUCUUCAAGGGCUUCCCCAAACAAGUGCUCCCUCAGCCCAUGCCAGUGAAGAAAUCCAAGCCUCAGCAGCCGCUCACUGAGCCCAGCUCCUCAGUGCCACCCACCCAGGAACCCAAGCACCAUCCCCGAGCAACUGGCCGAGGCCCAGGAGAGGCUGGCCUCCCUGGAGAACAUGGUGAUGCCGAGGAGAAGAGGGGCAUGGGCCCGAAAUCAGGUCCCGAGCCUGUACCUGCUCCUGGCAGAGGCAGUUAUGGUCCCCCAGUGCGCCGGGCUUCAGAGGCUCGUAUGAGUUCCAGUGGAAAUGACUACACAGGCAGAGAUUCUGAAGGUCGGGAUUAUGGCCCAGGUGGAGCUGCUGGGGGUGACACCGGUCGGAGUCCGGCAGGCUUGAGACGGGCCAACUCAGUUCAGGCUUCCAGACCCUCCCAAGCGCCCAGCCAAAGUGCUGCAGCUCAGCUCGGUCCCCCAGGGCCCCCAGGAGCCAGCAGACCAGGACCAGGACCAGGAGCAGGACCAGGUGCAACUGGCAGAUUUCCAGAUCAAAGACCAGCUCAAGGGGAUCUGGCCCAAGGGGAGCCUGGCUACCCAUCAGCGGCGGCCAUUCCCCGCGAUGACCGAGCAGGGGACGCAGGGGGUUACCCCCCAGCUGGAGUCAAGGAAGAUCGGGCAGCACGAAGAUCAGGAGCCUACUCCCAGGCAGCUGCUGCCCCCCAGCCUGCUGCUGCCCCAGCCCGGCAGCAGCAGCCACCCCCGGAUGAGGAUGAAGAAGAGGCAAACAGCUAUGAUUCUGAUGAAGCGACUACCCUGGGAGCUUUGGAGUUUAGUCUUCUUUAUGAUCAAAACAACAGCUCCCUGCAAUGCACCAUUAUCAAGGCCAAGGGAUUAAAGCCGAUGGACUCCAACGGCCUGGCUGAUCCCUAUGUUAAGCUGCACCUUCUGCCUGGUGCCAGCAAGUCCAACAAGUUACGGACAAAAACUCUAAGGAACACACGAAAUCCCAUCUGGAAUGAAACCCUGGUCUAUCAUGGCAUUACUGAUGAGGACAUGCAAAGGAAGACCCUGAGGAUUUCUGUCUGCGAUGAAGACAAAUUUGGCCACAAUGAAUUCAUUGGGGAAACUCGAUUCUCCCUGAAGAAACUGAAACCUAAUCAGAAGAAGAAUUUCAACAUCUGCCUGGAACGGGUCAUCCCUAUGAAGCGAGCUGGGACCACGGGAUCAGCCAGAGGCAUGGCACUUUAUGAAGAAGAGCAGGUGGAACGUGUAGGCGACAUUGAGGAACGUGGCAAGAUCCUAGUGUCCCUCAUGUACAGCACCCAGCAAGGAGGCCUCAUUGUGGGUAUUGUGCGCUGUGUCCACCUGGCUGCAAUGGAUGCCAACGGCUACUCUGACCCCUUUGUCAAACUCUGGCUGAAACCAGACAUGGGGAAGAAAGCCAAGCACAAGACACAGAUCAAAAAAAAGACUUUGAACCCCGAGUUUAAUGAGGAGUUUUUCUAUGAUAUAAAACAUAGUGAUUUGGCCAAGAAGUCACUGGACAUCUCUGUCUGGGAUUAUGACAUUGGCAAGUCCAAUGAUUAUAUUGGUGGCUGCCAGCUUGGUAUCACCGCCAAAGGGGAGCGCUUGAAACACUGGUACGAGUGUCUAAAGAACAAGGACAAGAAGAUUGAACGCUGGCACAACCUACAGAAUGAAAACCAUGUCUCGAGCGACUAAAGUGGGGUCCAUGGGCCCCAUACUCCCACCUUGCCUAUUCCUUAGCUUCUCCCUUUGUCCCCCCAGUUCUAUCCCCACUGAAUCCCCAAACUCCUUACUCCAGACUUGCAUCUAGGUCUAUCUGUCUGGCUGAUACAGUCUCUUCUGGCUCCCUCUGCUAUGUGCACUGACUCCAGAAAGCUGCCUUAGCCUUCUUUUUCCUUACCUGAACCUACCUUUGAAGUCUCUUUCUCCCUUCUUAAAUAUAAGGGGGUACAUACCCCCUCUUUACCUGUUUUUUCCUUCCUGUCUCAAUCUUCACUCUUCCAUUUUUCUUCUUCCUCUUUUUCUUUAUUACUGUUUCACUUUCAAUCUAUCUCCAUCUUUCUUAUUUUGUUUGUUUUCCAUCCUUUCUCCUUUUUCUUUCCUUGUUCUUUCUUCUUCUCUCCCUCUUGCUUUAUAUUUCCCUCUAUUUUCUGUCUCCCACUUUUUGCUUUACCUUUCUUUUUCUCUUC